CUCAUGCGUUAUCAGAAAACUUCAGAUUGAACAGAACACCACAGCUGUGUGUAUGUCUCAUUUCUCUCUUUUUUUCCAGGAUCUCGUAACCGAUAAACAGGAAGAGGACAGACGAGGUGGAGAUUGAGCCCAAACAGCAAUCUUCAUAAAAACAUCUUUUAAGAAGGCUUUUCUCACUCACUGAUUCUGAUCACAUUUGUACAGAUUAAGAACAAGACAAUGUCAUACCUGACACAAGUCCAUAUAAUUGGUGGGCGAGGAGGAUCUGCCUUUGAUUUUAAUGGUACUGGAAAUGGAGCCACACUGAAAAAGAUCUGGGUGUGGGCCGGCGGCUGGCAGAUAAAAGCCAUGAAGGUUUGGCUUACUGAUGGCCAGUCCAAGGAGAUUGGAAACCCUGCUGGGAAGCAUUCAGAAUUUACCUUUGAAGAUGGAGAGCAUUUCACCUCCCUUUCACUUUGGGGAAAUGGAGCUGGAACACGUCUGGGUGGCAUCAAAUUCAAGACAAAUCGCUCCCGGGAGUUCUUUGCAUGCAUGACAGACUGGGGGCUGAAAACAGAAUAUCCAAUUGAUGUGGGUUCGGGGAUCUGUGUUGGAAUCAAAGGAAGUGCUGGUUCAGAUAUUGAUUGCUUAGGCUUCAUGUUCAUCAACACCGUCAGGUCUACUGAGCUAACAGAUGUUCAGUAUCCCACACUUCAUAGUGUGAUACCCAAUGUGGCUGUUGAGGAAAUCAAAUCCAUGACUUAUCAAAAUAAUACAAGUGAAACUCAAGAAUAUAAAAUAGAAACCUCCAAAAAAAUUGCCAAAACGUCAUCCUGGUCUGUUACCAACAAGAUUGAAUUCUCAUUUUCAAUGGAAGUGAAGGCAGGAAUUCCAGAGGUUGUGGAAGUAUCAACUGGAUUUGGCUUCACAGUGGGAACCGAGAGCUCAUAUGGUUUAGAGAACACUGAAGAGAAAACGGAGGUACUGUCAUUUCCUGUCAAAGUCCCUCCAGGGAAAGCCGUGGAUGUGGACAUCACAAUUGGCCGUGCUACAGUUGAUCUGCCCUACAAAGGCACAGUCAAGAUUACCUGCUAUAAUGGCAGCGUGCUGCAGUUUCCAACCAGUGGAAUCUACAAAGGUGUCACUUACACUGAUGCAAAAACAGUUGUGACGGAAUCAGCGAAAAAGGUUGCUAAGGAGCCAGGGGCCAAGAGCGAAUUUAUUUCGUAAAACAUUUUACAGUUAAAAAAAAGUUAAAUAUAAUCAAUCACUCAUUAAUUCUACUUCUUAACGUUGUUGUGUGUGGAAUAAAAGCUUGGCUUAAAUGAUUAAAUUUGAUUGCUGGCUUUGCAACUGUUUUGAUAUCACUAACCACAGAAAUUUCAGGAGUGUGUGAUGAAUAAAGUUGUGCUUUCUUUCUUUCUUUCUUUCUAAAUAUAAAGAAAUAGAAUGUU